AUGACUCAAGGCAGUAUUGAUGGACUGGAUGCAUUGAGCAAAAAGUUCGCGACCGGAUUCCCAUUGGUCAAGUCCGACAAAGAAGCAACCGAUAAAUUCAUCGCCAUGUUUAGAAGUGAUGCUGAGAAGUACAUCAAAUCCAUGCCUGCAAAUGACCAAACCAUCUACAGCAAUUAUUUGAAGAUUGAUUAA